CGCGGAGGGAUACGGUCGCCGCGGCCCAAAAGCCCGGGGCGAGGCGGCCGGGGCGUGUGAGCGGCUCUCUGCGCGCGUGCACGCGGUCCACGCGCGGCUCGGCCCGGGGCCCCUGCGCCGCGCGGACUGCCUCGCCCGAGCGGGUCUCGGCGCUACCGCUUCGCGCCGCGGCCGCGUCCGUCCGAGGCUCGGGGCCCCGCGCGGCGCCGGGAGGCCGCCCUCUCGCGUCUGCGGCCGCGCGGGGAGCCGGGCCGGUGAGCGGCGGCGGAGAGCCCGGGGGCCGCGGGCCCGCGCGCCGCUGCCGCCCGCGAUGCUGCUCUCCAAGUUCGGCUCCCUGGCGCACCUGUGCGGGCCGGGCGGCGUGGACCACCUCCCGGUGAAGAUCCUGCAGCCAGUCAAGGCGGACAAGGAGAGCUUCGAGAAGCUGUACCAGGUGGGCGCCGUGCUGGGCAGCGGCGGCUUCGGCACCGUCUACGCGGGCAGUCGCCUCGCCGACGGGCUCCCGGUGGCCGUGAAGCACGUGGUGAAGGAGCGGGUGACCGAGUGGGGCAGCAUCGGCGGCGCGGCCGUGCCCCUCGAGGUGGUGCUGCUGCGCAAGGUGGGCGCGGCGGGCGGCGCGCGCGGCGUCAUCCGCCUGCUGGACUGGUUCGAGCGGCCCGACGGCUUCCUGCUGGUGCUGGAGCGGCCCGAGCCGGCGCAGGACCUCUUCGACUUCAUCACGGAGCGCGGCGCCCUGGACGAGCCGCUGGCGCGCCGCUUCUUCGCGCAGGUGCUGGCCGCCGUGCGCCACUGCCACGGCUGCGGGGUCGUGCACCGCGACAUCAAGGACGAGAACCUGCUGGUGGACCUGCGCUCGGGCGAGCUGAAGCUCAUCGACUUCGGCUCGGGCGCGCUGCUCAAGGACACGGUGUACACCGACUUCGACGGCACCCGGGUGUACAGCCCCCCGGAGUGGAUCCGCUACCACCGCUACCACGGGCGCUCGGCCACGGUGUGGUCCCUGGGCGUGCUGCUCUACGACAUGGUGUGCGGGGACAUCCCUUUCGAGCAGGACGAGGAGAUCCUCCGCGGCCGCCUCUUCUUCCGGAGGAGGGUCUCCCCAGAGUGCCAGCAGCUCAUUCAGUGGUGUCUGUCCCUGCGGCCCUCGGAGCGGCCCUCGCUGGACCAGAUCUCCGCGCACCCCUGGAUGCUCGGAGCCGAGGGGGGCCCCGCCGAGAGCUGUGACCUGCGGCUCUGCGCGCUGGAUGUGGACGACGGGGCCAGCACCACGUCCAGCAGUGAGAGCUUGUGAGGAGGAGCCUGGGCCUGGCCGGUGGGAGCCGGAGGGACCAGCCCCGCCCGAGCCGGCUGCUGCUUGCGGAAGCGGUGACCUCUGGCGCCGGGCUCUCUUCUUUGCUUUUGAGUGCCUUUCCGAACGCUGCUCUCACGGGACUUGGUCCUCUCAAGCUCUGUCUGUCCAAAGACGCCCCGGUCGACGUGAGGUCCGGCCCGGGCCAGGCAGGUGCGGGACCCUGAGACUGUCCCUCUCCUGCGCUGCUCUGGGCGGCUGCCGUGCUGGCCCUCCGCGCCUCCCGCAUCGGACUGUGGGACCAGGAGCACGUCCCGUGGCCUCAUCUCACCAGGGACGCGGGGUCCCUUGUGCCCACUUCCCGCGCCCGCUCGCCUCCGGUAUUCGUCCGGGCACGUCUGUGCACAAACAAUGCAACAGCGGGGCCUCUGCUGCCCGCGCGCCCGUGCCCACCCGAGGGUGUGUGCGCCUGCGCUCGUCUGCUUCUGGUCUGACCCCGAGGAGGGCUAUUUAUUGUCUAAUUUAUUCGUGAGGUUCUCUCCUGCCAGCGCCCCUGGCACCUCUGGGCCUGGAGGGCGGGGCGUGGCUGUGUGUGGACCCCAGGUCCUGAUCCUACCUGUGUCUGUCGGAAGAUGGACUUGUACAGCGGCUAAUUUAAGGGGCGAGGGGGACCCCCGCCGCCUGUGGCUCUGUGCCUCGGGGGUGAGGGGAGUCGGGUAGGGGUGGGUUUUAAAUUAUUGACCUUGUACAGUUUGCUUGUUGGCUCUGGAGGUGGGGGGUGGGGGGACAGAGUCUCAAGCGUUAAUUUAUUGUAGCAGCUGUGUUUCCGGGUCGCGGGGUGCGGGCACCGGGUUGGGGUUUCUUUCCGCUCCCAAGUGAGAUGCCGGGAGAUCAUAUUUUUUAUACAGGAUUUCAAUUAAAUUGUUUUGUAUAUAA